AUGUGCCCUACUCCACCCUGGAUUUGGCUCUUCGAGCAAAAGGAGCACAGACUCCGGCAGCUCCACAGAGAGCUCCGCCACUUGGAACCUGGUUAUAUAUCAAACCAGUACACUGGUAUUGAUAUCCAUCCGAUGGAUUUCUGGACUGGGAAUACCGAUCCUUCCCACAUCCAAUUCUUCACACCCGACACCGACACCUCCUUCAAAAUCGACAACACUGAACUCGACCCCGAGGACCCUCUGGACGACCCGUUCACGUGGGCCCGGGCGAUGAAGGAUGAGCAAGACAUCAUCCCCAAAGAGAUGCACCAUCAACUCCACCGGGCAUUCUCGAACUACCUCCGCAAAUCCCAAGGCGGAAACAGAAUCCCCAUUUGCUGGGAGCCGGUCUCCAUGCGAGAAGAGGAAGGUCUCUUCAACAGCAACGAUCGGCACGGGUUCACCAUUGAAAGGGGAGCCAUAAGUGCCGACGGAAAGACCGCUCACCAACUUGUCGUCAUGAAAAGUGACGACUGCUACCACGACAUCCUCCCGUCAGUGGGAGAGCUCAUUGUGCUUGUCCGAUGGAUGCUGAGUGGAUUCAAUAACCACAAGCACCAAUUCGGCAGGUACCACCGACAUGAGCGUCCCCAACUUGACUUUCCGACAAUGAUUAUCUCUUUCCUCCCCGACGCUCGAGUUCGAGUUUUGCAUGGGUAUUACGACGGCGGCCGACUCAAAGUGGCCUAUACCCAAGCACUCAACUUCGAUGCGGAGGACUACAUCGAAAAAAUGGAUGUCCUUCUCCAGUGGGCAUGGCCCUUCACGGAUGGGGAUACCACUAAACCCAUCCCUCUUCCAACGAUCGAAGACGAUGAAGAGGAUGAGUGGGACGAGUGGGAGAAGUGGGAACUACGGUAUAGGGAGGACAGCGAAGAUGGGGGGAGUGAAUCAGAGGAGAGUGACAGCGCUGAGGCCGAAAAAGACCUCAGUGACUGCGAAUCGGAAUUCGACGAGGAUGAUGAGAGCGAUGGGGAAAACGAGAACCCCAUCGAGGAGUGGAACGACGAGAUCGUGAUGUCUGCGGACAUCAAAAGAAAAAUAUUGGAAAGGUUGAAGGAGAAGAUGAGGAGUCUGGGGAAGUGA